CCUAGAUUGUGUCUACAGUAAAUUCUUGUUCUAUUUCAAUUGUGCAAGAAAAUCAUUACUUUUACCUGAUUGUCAAAGAAUCUUUGGGACAACUUGCCUACAUUGUUUGAUAGUACAAUGGCAUCAACAACUAACACUGAAAACCCAAACAUAGGAUACCAACUAUCGCAUGCGACUCAUGGAGAAGAGGUCUGCAUCACCGGUAUAUCCGGAUCUUUCCCGGACUCUGAUUCGGUCAUGCAUCUUCAGGAGAAUCUGUUCAAUAAGGUGGAUCUAAUUUCUGGUGACAACCGACGGUGGGAGGACGACCAUCCCGAAAUCCCCCAACGUACUGGAAAGAUCAACAAUGUGAACAAGUUCGACGCCUCCUUUUUCGGGAUCAAUUACAAGCAAGCCCACACCAUGGAUCCCAUGUGCAGGAUCCUAUUGGAGAAAACUUAUGAAGCUAUUUAUGAUGCUGGUAUGAACCCAGAAGAUUUACGAAAUACCAGGACUGGAGUUUUUGUUGGUAGCUGUUUCUCUGAAUCGGAAAAGACCUGGUUCUACGAGAAGAUACAUAUCAAUAAUUACGGUAUUAUUGGGUGCUGUCGUGCUAUGUUAGCAAAUCGCGUCUCCUACUGGCUUGGAUUGACUGGUCCAUCAUACACUAUAGACACCGCCUGUUCAAGUUCACUGUACGCUCUUGAACAUGCAUUCAAAGCCAUCCGUACAGGUCAAUGUGACGCUGCCAUUGUUGGCGGGACCAAUUUGUGUAUUCACCCUUUUGUAUCACUGCAGUUCUUCAGGCUAGGUGUAUUAUCACUCGAUGGUAAAUGCAAGAGUUUCGACGACAAAGCUAAUGGUUACGCUCGAUCAGAAACUGUCGCCGUAUGUUUACUGCAGAAAGCGAAAGACUCUAGAAGAAUAUACGCACAAGUACUUCACGCGAAGACAAACUGUGAUGGCUAUAAAGAACAAGGCAUCACAUAUCCGUCUGGGCAAACCCAAAAGUUGCUCCUCAGCGAGUUUUAUGAGGAAUGUUGUGUAGCGCCAUCUAGUCUGGAGUUCGUUGAAGCUCACGGAACAGGUACUAAUGUCGGUGAUCCUGAAGAGUUGCAAGCCAUCGACGAGGUAUUCUGCACCGGCCGCUCUCAGCCGCUUAUGAUUGGCUCUAUCAAGUCUAACUUGGGACACGCUGAACCUUCUUCUGGUCUUUGUUCCAUUGCUAAGAUGUGCAUAGCGUAUAACUCAGGACUGAUUCCACCAAAUCUGAACUACGAAACACCGCGAAAGGGUGUCGCUGCUCUAUCUGAAGGCCGUCUCCAGGUGGUAACUGAGAAGCAACCCUGGAACAGGGGUCUGUCUGGCGUUAGCAGUUUUGGAUUUGGUGGCGCGAAUGCUCAUGUGCUCCUGAAAAAUGUAGUCCGCGAAAAGGUCAAUAAUGGUCUUCCAGAAGAUGACUUGCCCCGUCUAGUCUGUGUUUCUGGUCGCACUAAGUCAGCUGUAGCCAAGAUACUUAAUGAUUUGGAGGCCAGAACAGUAGACGUUGAACAAGUGAGAUUGUUUCAUGCUAUACAUGAUAAAAAUAUUAAAGGACACUAUUUUAGAGGAUUUACAUUGUUGGGAUCAACGCCGAUCAAAAGUGUGCCAAUAACUCGUGACGUUCAGUAUGUCUUUGAAGGCCGUCGACCAAUCUGGUUCGUGUAUUCGGGCAUUGGAUCACAGUGGGCAAACACUGCUAUGCAACUUAUCAAGAUUCCGGUCUUUGCCACUGCAAUACUCAGAUGUCAUAAAAUAUUAAAACUAAAAGGUAUUAAUUUACUGAACAUUAUAAUGGCAUCCAACCCUAAAAUCUACGACAACAUCUUAAACUCGUUCAUUGGCAUAACAGCAGUUCAGAUCGGCCUUACUGAUGUAUUGAAGACUGUGGGCAUCGAGCCUGAUUGCAUUAUUGGACAUGCUUUUGGCGAGUUGGGUUGCGCAUACGCAGACGGUUGCUUGACAACUGAACAGACGAUCUUAGCUGCGUACAGCCAAGGUCUAGCACUUACCGAAACUAAGCUUGUCAAAGGAUCUAUGGCUACCAUUGGCCUUGGUUACGAUCAGGUUAAAUCGAUGUGUCCACCCGAAAUAAAAGUGGCUUGUCGCGACAGCCCCAGCUCUAGUACCAUAUCGGGUCCUGCUGAUAUUAUGAAGAGCUUCACCACAAAGUUGUCUGCCCAAGGAGUAUCCGUCAAAGAGGUCCCAUGCUCCAACGUAGCUUAUCAUUCGCGAUAUGUCGCUGAAGCUGCUCCCAAACUUCUGAAAUAUUUAAAAGAAGUCAUCCCAUCGCCAAAAUCCCGUUCGGAUCGUUGGAUAUCUACAUCGGUUCCUCGAAGUCAAUGGAAGAAUUCAGAUGUAGAGCUGUGUUCUGCCGAAUACCACACUAACAAUAUUAUCAGUCCAGUUCUCUUUGAAGACAAUUUCCAGCUCAUUCAAAAUAAUGCUAUUAUCAUUGAAGUGGCUCCACAUGGAUUUGUUCAAAACAUUUUACGACAUUACCUUAAGAAAAACAUCACAAACAUAACCCUGACUCGGAAGACAGAUGAAGACAACGCCCGAAAUCUCCUUACAGCGCUUGGAAGACUAUAUAAUUUGGGACUAAACCCGCAGCUUGCUAACAUCUAUCCUCAUGUGCCUUUCCCCGUAUCACAGGGCACACCUUUUAUGGGUCAUCUAGUGGAAUGGGAGCAUAAUGAAGAUUGGUUCGUAGCUUUUUAUAAUACUGAAGAACAUGUGAAGUUACGAGAACGCAAUGUUAAUGUAUCCAUAACCGCUGAGGCAAAUGAAUUUUUGACAGGCCAUGUUAUCGAUGGUCGCAACUUGUAUCCGGCUACUGGGUAUCUAGUGCUUGUGUGGGAGACACUUGGAAAGAUAGUGGGGAAACUGUUUGAGAAGUUGUCUGUGGUCUUCGAGAAUGUUCGCUUUCUGAGAGCUACAAAUAUACCCCAGGAGGGACACGUGACAUUCAUAAUUAUAAUACACAAAGGAAGCGGAGAUUUUGAAAUAGUAGAAAGUGGCACACCGAUCGUAACAGGACGUAUAUAUGUAAAGCAAAAUGCAGGCCAAGACUACCGUGCACUGCCAAAUCUUCCUGAACUAACUGGAUCUAAUAUCAAACACAUACUUACUAAGGACUUCUACAAGGAAUUGAGACUCAGAGGAUACCAAUAUAGAGGCUUAUUCCGUGGAGUUCUGGGUUGCAACGUCGAAGGCACCCGGGGUCGGCUCGCCUGGGUCAAUAACUGGGUCACAUUCAUGGACUGCAUGCUGCAGCUCAAGAUCAUCAGUCAGGAUACCCGCGGCCUCUUCGUGCCCACCAGGAUUGAGAGAUUGGCAAUUGAUGUCGACUUACAUUACAAUGUUUUGUCAAAAAUUAAUGCAAAUUCCAAAUCAUGUACAUUUGAAAUCCGUAAUUAUCCUGACCUUGAUGUUGUAAGGGCGGGAGGUAUAGAAAUCCGUGGUGUACAUGCGACGCCAAUUUCCAAGAGGCAACCAUUAAGCGAACCUGUGUUAGAGAAGAACGUAUUUGUUCCAAACUUUGGAAAGAACACUUUAAAGAUUGAAGACUGUCUCCGUGCUAAUGUUCAGCUGAUACUUGAAAACAUACAAACCUACAAAGUCAAGACCAUUGAGUUUGUUGAUGAAGAAUAUAAAAAUAAUGGUUUGCAGCCAAUAAUAGAAUACAUUGGCAAUGUCCUUGCUGAUUUGCCAUUAGUACAAGCUGAAUUGUUGUUAAUAUCAGACGAGGAUAUUGAAAUGCCAUCGACUGUAAUUGUGGAAAAAAAGAAACUUAGUAGUGAAUCUAAUGCAGUGUUGUUUAUCGGUGCUAACUUAUUGGGCAGAAAUAGUGUAUUAAAUCAAGCCGCAGCAACUCUUCGAGACAAGUGCUUCAUUAUAAGCCGUGAGAAAGAUCACCCAGAAUCCAACGAACAAUCUGACGAGUAUGAGUUAAUAACUGUCCAACACGUUGGAUCAGAAUACAUAGUGCUUUUGAGAAAACGUGUAAUAAAAGUCCAGCAAUAUGAGUGUAUUCAAAUAGAAGCAAGAGAUGAAAAUUUCUCUUGGGUGGAAAAAGUGCAAGAGAAACUAAGAAUGGGGCAAAGAAUUAUAUUGUACAGUCAGGGAGAAUUCAUCAAUGGACUUCUUGGUUUUGUCAAUUGUCUAAGAAGAGAGUCAGGCGGUGAAAUUGUCAGAGCUUUACUGAUUUCUGAUCCCACAGCUCCUAAGUUUGAUCCAGAUAUGAAGUUUUUCAAAGAUCAAUUACAGAAAGAUUUGGCUUUCAAUGUUUAUCAGGAUGGUCAAUGGGGCACCUACCGUCAUUUACUGCUUGGAAAAUUAGACUCUGUUCAUGCAGAUCACGCUUUUGUUAAAACUUUGACUAUUGGAAAUUUAUCAACACUAAGAUGGAUUGAAGGCCCCAUUAGAAAAGAUAAGGUUUUCAGAAAUCCAGAGAGCGUACUUGUACAAGUAUAUUGUGCGGCUCUGAACUUCCGUGACGUGAUGACAGCGUCUGGCCGCGUGACAUUGGAUGCUGUCGCUCGCGGAAGACUUGAUCAAGAGUGCGUGCAAGGAAUAGAAGUCGCUGGACUGACACCGAAUGGUUCCCGGGUCAUGUGCAUUGUGAAAAAUUGUGGUAUAGCCAACAUGGUGGAAGUUAACAAGGGUUUGUCUUGGAACAUUCCUAAAGAGUGGAGCUUGCAAGAAGCGGCCACAGUGCCUGUUACUUAUCUCACUGUUUACAGUGCCAUAGUAAUAGUGGGUCAGAUCCAGCGUGGAGACUCGAUUCUGAUCCACGCGGGUAGCGGCGGCGUGGGUCAGGCUGCUAUUAACGUGGCGCUGCACUACGGUUGCGAGGUCUUCACCACUGUCGGUACACCGGAGAAGAGAGCACUCAUCAAAAAACUGUUCCCUCAACUCAAAGACAGUCAUAUUGGAAACUCCCGAGACACGUCGUUCGAGCAAAUGAUUCGUAAAGAAACAAACGGCGAAGGUGUGGACGUAGUGCUCAACUCACUCUCGGAUGACAAACUUCAUGCAUCUGUAAGGUGUCUCCGCUACAGAGGUCGAUUCCUCGAAAUUGGAAAGUUUGAUAUCAACAACAACACGCUACUUGACAUCGCUCCCAAGGAAACCUCAUUCCACGGAAUUAUGUUGGAUGACAUUUUUGACCAGCCUCCUGAUCAUAAGAAGAGGUUGCAUGAACUUUUGCUUACCGGCAUUGCGCAUGGAGUUGUUCGCCCGUUAACAUACUGCACAUUUGAAAAGAAUGAAAUUGAAGCUGCAUUCCGAUAUAUGGCUGCUGGGAAACAUAUCGGGAAGUUGCUCAUUAAAAUCCGGGAUGAAGAGCAAAGUGACGUGCCCGUGAGACCAACGUGUAUUCCUAUUGAAGCUGUUCCCAGGUAUAUGUGUCAUGAGGAACGUGUAUACAUCAUUGUGGGAGGUUUGGGAGGGUUCGGUUUAGAAUUAGCUGACUGGUGCAUCUUGAGAGGCGCCAGAAAGGUUUUACUAACAUCUCGCAGGGGAGUCAGCAACGGUUACCAGUCUGCUAGACUAAGAACUUGGGCAUCAUAUGGAGCUGAUGUUCGAAUCUCCACUCAUAACGUUACAACCGAAUCUGAUUGCGAAGAAAUGCUCAAGAUGGCCAACGAAAUGGGUCCUGUUGAAGCAAUCUUUAAUCUUGCUGUAAUUCUUAAGGAUGCUGUAUUUCAAAACCAAACGUCCGAAUCGUUUAAAGUAUCAUUUGGACCAAAAGCUCUGGCUACUAUGCAUUUAGAUAAACUCUCAAGAAAAUUAUGUCCGAGUCUGAAAAACUUUGUAAUAUUCUCAUCUGUAUCGUGUGGCCGCGGUAACGCUGGACAGACCAAUUACGGUCUUUCCAACUCCGUGAUGGAAAGAAUCUGCGAGCAAAGAAAAAAGGAUGGAUUACCUGCUCUAGCUAUACAAUGGGGCGCCAUUGGUGAUGUUGGUCUCGUAGCUGAUAUGCAAUAUGAAGAUGUGCAACUAGAGAUUGGGGGUACUCUGCAGCAACGGAUAUCAUCGUGUUUGUUGGCUUUGGACAAGUUCUUGAAACAAGAUGAACCUAUAGUUUCAUCAAUGGUUGUUGCUGAGAAAAAAGCUGGCAGUUCCAAUUGCGGUGACAUUGUGGAGACUGUAGCCCAGAUUAUGGGUAUUAAGGAUCUGAAGACAGUGUCACGACAAGUCCCUCUAGCUGAGUUGGGCAUGGACAGCAUGAUGGCUGUGGAGAUUAAACAGACCCUUGAGAGAGAGUUCGAAAUAUUCCUCACUGCUCAGGAUAUCAGGACGCUAACUUUUGCCAGAUUAUUAGAAUUAUCAGCACAAAGCGAUAACGUGCCGUCUACAUCAGUAGCCACACAAGUACAAAACGACGCUGCUGCUGGUCUGAGAAUAUUUUUGAGGAAUUUCGGCGAAGAAAAAUUGGCGAACGAACCAAUUAUCCAUAUGCCAACACUGAUUAGUAAUGAAACAGGAGAAAAAGAAGCAGUACAUGCGACAGAGAAUGUAAUGUUCAUGCUACCGGGGUUAGAGGGUUGCGCUACAGCCCUGGAGCCGCUGUCCCGUAGUCUCAAGAUCAAAGUGUGCGUAUUGCAGCUCGGAGUUCAGCAUAGGAAUGAGAACUGUGAACAGAUGGUGGACAGACUGUAUCAGUUGGUGAUAUCUAGACUGGUACCUGGUACAAAGUUAUGGCUCCUUGGAUAUAGUUUUGGGGCUAUGCUUAUGUUAGAUUUAGCCGCAAAACUGGAAAGUCAAGGUAUCACUGGAACAGUAUUCUGCUUAGACGGUGCUCCUGAUUUCCUUCUGUCUCUUGCUGCUGCUGUAAUAAAUUACAAGAAUGACUUCCAACUGCAGAACAGCCUUAUUUGUAAGACGAUCGAUAUCGUAUCACCAAAUAAUAAUGUUACUGAUACCCUGAUGGAGAAGCUUAGCAAAAUAGAGGACUAUGAUGAAAGAAUCAAGUACAGUAUCAGCGUGUCGCCUGUUCAGACUGAUUAUUCUAAAGAAUUUAUCGCAUCAAUAGCUAAGGUGUGUUUCGACCGUAUGAAAGUUGUACUCAAUUAUAAUACUACGAAUGUUAAGAAGCUAAAAUCACAGAUUGUACUUAUGAGGCCAAAAGAAACACCUCCAUUUGUAGUUUGUGAAGACAACUAUGGCCUCGACAAGUUUAGUGAGAGACCUGUUACCGUACACUUUUUAGAUGGCAACCAUAUCAGUAUCGUUGAAGAUAAAAGCGUAGCUGAUAUUAUUAAUAAUGUUAUUUAUAACUCUUAGCGAUGUAUAAAAUAGAGAAGUGUGUUAAUUCAAGUUAUAUUUACGAGUAUACUCUUCAAAACACAAAAAAGAUCAACGUAUAUAUAUAUAAUUUUCAUUAUAAAAAGUAUGUACGUAUAUAUAUCUUCAUAUGAUAAUUAUAAAUAUUUUAAUAAUGUUAAAGUAUUGUAUAUUGCACUUUAUUUGCAAUAAUUGUAAUAUUAUUUAAUUUCUAUUUACAAUGUCAGCGUACAGUAAAUUGAAUUAUUUACUGAUUCUAUGAAGAUAAUAAUUCAGCAAGACUAAGUACAAGAAAAAAAUCUUAUUUUUGUUCAUGCCAUGAUUGUAAUCCAAGAUGAGGUAUAAAGAGUUAGUAUAAGACUGUUGUGGUUCGGAAGACAAUGUUAAGAUUGUCUUCUGUGAAACAACUUUCAGGAUUAAUUCGGCAAAACGCGGAAAAGAUUUAAGUUCUGUAUAGCCUUUGAUUACAAUUAAACAAAAUUAAAAGAAUAUUUGAUACAUUUAUAAUGUAAAUUUAAGUACUUUAUAUUUAAAAUAAUUAAAUGUGGGAUGUUAAUAAACAAUUUAUGUGUAUAUUGGUAAACUUUUGUUUAGAUAUAAGCAAUGAGAAAAUUAUACAAUAUUGAAUGA